AUGGACGAAUCGCGCCAAACCAAACAGAGCGGCAUCCCUCGGCCGUCAAAGAUUCCAACGACAGCUUCCAAGCUUCCGGUUCCCCGAUCGAACUCCGUCCGAGCCUCUCCGUCGCGAGAAUCCCUAGGCGCCAGUACGGGCAGCUUGCGAAACCCCAAAGUUCGGCCGACCCCUUCGCGCGACCAAUUAGCAACUCCUACAGCGACGGCGAGUCGCCCUCCGCCGUCUGCGGCUCCUUUGCGCGCUGUUUCGUCACCGCAAAGCCGGCCAACGAGAGCUGGGCUGGACGCUGCCAAGGGAGGUGGUCAGCUCCCGAGUCAAGAGGCUCGGUCAGGUCCCGCAAUCCGCGGCUCGCUCCGGCAACAACGUUCUCAGCAAUGGCUUUCAUCUGCUGCUAUGCCGCAAGAGGACAAUGUUUCAGGGGGCUCUGUGGCUGCCGGAAGUGAGGAUAAUGCCGGCGAGUCGACCUUUCCGGCCUCCGCAUCAAAGGUACGUCCCUCGCUCGCCGAGAGGACGAUCGAGACCUUGUCUCGCUUGCCCUCGUCUCCUUCUGUCAAAGGAAAAGGCGCCGCGUCAUUCUACGACACGGCAAUUGCAAUGAGGUCGCCCACCCGGCCAGGACCAAGUCGUCAGUCAGACGGGUCAGGUGGGCGAUCGAGGGCUGGCAGCAGACCAGGUUCCAGCUGCGGCUUGGAUGAUCCAAUCUCUAAUCCUCAGUCCCAGAUCGGCGCACAUAGUGCGCUCUCCGCCGCCGAAGGCACCCCUUUGCGCAACAGGCGCAGCGUCCAGUCUUCCCACCCGCCGCCUGUGAAGACAACACCAGCAAAAGCGGUUCGAGCAUCAAUCCAUGGGUUGCAGACGCCCAACGCGAUCCCUGUCCCGCGCUCGUUGACGCCCAGCCCGGACAAGCGCACCCAUGAUCUUCCCGCGCCUACGUCUGGCGCAAAGACCUUGGCCUUGCGUCCAACUAAAAGGCCAUCGGUCAAUGGCCUGUACAGGAAACCGUCGGCGCCGGCGCUUGGGAAGACGGCUGCUGCUCAGGCGCCCAGAAAGGCCUCCACGGCCUCGCAAAGAUCAUCGGCAACCUCAAACGAGGGAACCGCCCCUUCGGGCUCGUCAAUUGCAUCGGCAAGCACGGCAACCACCAACGAUGGUAGUGAACCUGGCCAGACGUACAGGAAGACAUCAGCAGCUCUGCGCGAGCAAAUUGCCAAGGCCAAAGCAGCCAAGCGAGCCGCCGCCUCACGACAAUCCUCUUCAUCGCAUCCGGAAUCCCUGUCUGAAGAGCCUCCGCUGGUUCCCACAGACACCACGUUUGACUUUGGCCUGUCCAACGACCCAUUCAACCAACACCGGGACGACAAGUCGCAGGCUAAGGUGUUGCACGGCCGCCUGGAGUCUGCCAGAACGAGCGGGCGGCUGAAUAUCGCCGCCAUGGGCUUGAGAGAGAUCCCAGCCGAUGUGCUAAACAUGUACAAUCUCGAGUCCGUUGGCCGACCGGGCGCAGCCUGGGCCGAGAGCGUCGAUCUCACUAGAUUUGUCGCUGCCGACAACGAGCUGGAGAUGAUCAAUGACUCGGUGUUUCCCGACGUCGACCCGCAAGAGUUUAUGGAUGACGAGGACCCACAAGGAAACAUAUUUGCCGCUCUGGAAACGCUUGAUCUCCACGGAAAUAUGUUAGUCGCCUUACCUAUGGGCCUGAGACGGUUGUCCCUGCUGACUUCCCUCAACCUGUCACUCAACCGACUGGCCAACAACAGUCUUGAAGUAAUUUGUCAGAUUACCUCGUUGAAAGAUUUGAAGAUAGGAGGCAACCUCCUCUACGGACCGUUGGAUCCUUGCUUCUCCAACCUGGAGAAUCUCGAGAUACUGGACCUGCACAGCAACAAUAUCUCGUCCCUGCCGUCAAACUUUGGCAAUCUUUCGCGUCUUCGGAUUCUGAAUAUUAGCGAGAACAGCCUCGAAGAUUUGCCCUUUGAGAUAUUAGCAGGGUUGCCCUUGACUGAGUUAAACGCCCGCAAGAAUCAACUCAACGGCACACUAAUCCGGGAUUCGGUCGACUCUUUGCCAACACUUCAAACUCUGGACAUUUCGUCGAAUCAGCUGGUCCACAUUUGCUCCCCGGGAACUUCGGUCACGAUGCCCGCCUUGCAGCAGCUGUGCGUGUCAAUGAACCGUCUCCAGGCCUUGCCUGACAUUAGCGGCUGGACUAGCCUUCUCACCCUGGUCGCUGACGAGAACAACAUCAACGCUAUUCCUGAUGGCUUCACGGCACUUGAAAACCUGAGAUCUGUCGACUUUUCUAGCAACGACAUUCGGGUCGUCCCCAAUGAGGUCGGGCGGAUGGAGAACCUUGCACUGCUCCGGCUGAGCGGCAAUCCGCUGCGGGAGAAGAAGUUUAGCUCCAUUAGCACUGAAGAGAUGAAGGCAAUCCUUCUUGAGCGGCUUGAACCACCUCCCGAGGAGCCUCAAGAUGAACCCGAAUCGUCUGUAGCAGCUGCCAGCAAUCCAGAUCCAGCAACCAGCGAUAUGGCCGCGCCUGGCACCAACCACGGCGCUCCUGGACAGGAUGACCAAGAUGACAGCCGCUCCGACUUGGACGAUUUUGCAACACCCCCGACUUCGGCUCCAGGCUCACCGGUCAGCACACGCUCCCAAACCAUGUCCGGACAGAUGUGGCCGGUCAAGUCGGGCGGCGUGCUCGAUCGAUCCAACACGCAGUCCUCUUCUCUCCACCCGGUCAUCUGCUCCAAAAUAGCCACAACCCACAAGAUCUACGAGGCCCAGCUGCACCACAACCUUUUUGCCUCGCUACCCGAGUCGCUCACCUUCUUCGCCGAGACCCUGACCGCCUUGUCGCUCGCAUACAACCAGCUCGUCGGGGAGAACUACCUCGGCGCCAUCAGCGGCAGCGGCAGCGGCGUGCUCGAGCUCCCCGCCCUGAAAGAGCUCAACCUCGCCCACAACCACAUCACCAGCCUCAGCCCGCUGAUCGCGCACCUCCGCGCGCCGAACCUGCAGAAACUCGACCUCAGCUUCAACCGCGUCGCGGCCCUGCCCCAGGGCUCGCAGCUACGCGACACCUUUGGGAACCUGACGGUCCUGCUCGUCUCCAACAACCACCUGGCCGACCUGGAGCCGGAUUCGAUCCGCGGUUUGAGAGUGGUGGAUGCCAAGAACAAUGACAUUGCCCACCUCAACCCGCGCAUCGGUCUCCUGGGUGGUGUGCUGGAGCGGCUGGAGGUGAGUGGGAAUAGGUUCCGCGUCCCGAGGUGGAAUGUGCUGGAGCGCGGGACUGAGGCCACACUUAGGUGGUUGAGAGGCAGGGUCCCUGUUGCUGAGAUGGGCGCUUGGAAGGAGAAUGGUGGUGAGGAGGGGGAGGAGGAUUUGGAUUGA